CAGGCGGAUUGCCUAGGUCACGUCAAAGAAUAACUUUGGUUACAUUGAUAAGUGUAAGAGGAGACAUAUCUUGUAAACAGCUGGGUCUGUAAUGGAAGCGAGGCGUAGAUUAGUCUCUGGAACAACAUUUCGAUGCGUUGCUCGGGCUUUACAUGUGCCGAUUAUGUUCGUAUCUGUGCGGCCGCUGUCAUGUUUGCCUUCUGGUACCCUAGUUCAGCCAGCCAUUGCAAAACAACAGCAGCAUGCACCAUAUCUUACCUACAAGAAAAAUUUCUGGCAAGGAAGAGCCAACAUGUGUACAGCAUCACGUACAACGCUGGACCUAAGUGAAAUGAAGAAAUUCCAGUCUCUUGCAAACAGAUGGUGGAAUGAACAGGGAGAAUUUGCUGCUCUUCAUUCUAUGAACGAUCUCAGAGUUCCAUUUAUCAGAGACAAUCUGUUGAAUAGAAAUGGUCAUCUCAAACCAGGAAGCCCUUUAUCUGGUUAUAAAAUAUUAGAUGUCGGCUGUGGUGGAGGCCUGUUAAGUGAGCCUUUAGGGAGGCUCGGAGGUUUGGUUACUGGGAUUGACCCCUUAGAAGACAGUAUCAGAACUGCCGAGCUGCACAAAUCGUUUGACCCCGUUCUGAAUAACCAGAUACAUUACAGGAGCUGCCUAUUGGAGGACAUCACGGAGGAAGCUGCAGAGACCUUUGAUGCUGUUGUUGCAUCUGAAGUGGUUGAACAUGUGAAUGACCUUGAUACUUUCAUCAACAGCUGCUAUAAGGUGUUGAAGCCUGGAGCAUCGUUGUUUAUUACUACAAUAAACAAAACCAACCUGUCCUUUUCAUUAGCCAUUGUUGUUGCUGAGAGCUUAUUGAAGAUAGUACCCAGUGGUACUCAUGACUGGGACAAGUUUGUAAAUCCUGUGGACCUGGAAAGAAUUCUAGAGACAAACGGCUUCUACGUUGAAUCGAUUAAUGGGAUGUGUUACAACCCGCUCACUGGCACAUGGAGUUGGAUUGAAAGCACAGCCGUUAACUAUGCAGUUCACGCAGUAAAGCAAAAAGCACAACCUGAGUCGGAGUUCACUGAAACAACAACAGAAGAGCAUCGAGAUCAGACGAGAACCAGCACUAGAACAUCAGUCUGAAAACCCCUGGAGGAGAGAGUGUUCACCCCAGAGUUUAUUUGUUAAUACCAGGGUUUUGAGCUGCCAUUAAUAUUCAGUACUUUUCUAUGUGCAUCUCUUUAAAUUAAGCAGCAUAAUCCAAACAUGUACCAAAAAUGUAAAAUUAUUAUUAUUAUUAUUAUUAAUAAUUAAUAAUAAUAAUAAUAAUAAUAAUAAUAAUAAUAAUAAUAAAUAAUAAUAAUAAUAAUAAAAUAAACAAAAAAAGGAUUACAGGCAUUCAAAUGGAACACCUAAACUAUUGUUAAGUUAAAGAACUGCCAAGCUACAGGUGCAAGGCAAGUUUCAGAGAUGGCCAAAAAAAUAGUGUACUGCACUGAGAAGCAAGAAGCAGAACCAACUAAUGCAGUUGAACCUGAAUGUAUAAAACUAGAUACUGUACUACUGUUUAGGGCAACUGUGUGCAUAUAUUUACAUCUGUAUGCCUUGAAGCCAUCUUGCAUGGCUGUUGUAACCGUCUGGCUGUUGGAAGCCAGUUUUCUGCUUGUAAUACAUAUAUUUGAUAUGUUUUGUUGUGAAUAAACUGCAUUAUACAAUGUACAUUUAUGCCAUGUAUUGAAUUUAAAAAAGGGUAAUGUAUGUGUUUUUCUUUCUGUUUAUUUAUUUUUGUGGUUGGCAGAAAUCCACUAUUUCAAGUGCGGUCAUGCUUUAUCAGCUUUACUAAGAGAACCAUCCAUCCUGUUACAAGCUUGCUUCCUGAGUGAAGACUUGCCUGUUUGGACCCUUGUCUCGUUCGCUUGCAUAAUAAAGGGCCUGGAAUCUUCAGUAA